GACUUUCCUCCCUUUGGGGGUCCUAUUCAUUCAGGAUCUAGACAAAAAUUGUACACCCAAAUUUUAGAUUCAGAAUCUAUAAGUAAGACACAUGGGGCAUUUCUCUCUAUAAUCCCAACAUGGCAACCCUCAAAAUUACCAAAAAGCACCACAAACGCUUUAACAAUCCUUUCCCUUCAAACCCAUCAUCCCUCCCUUUCAUUGAAGGAACUCUGUUUUUCAAUUCCCAGAGAGUGCCUUCACACCAGGUCUUCUCAAUUGGGAAGGACUUCCAGCUUCUUUGGAGCUCCGACAAUGGUGGCUAUCUAUCAAUUUCUCAUCAAUCACGCCCUGAUCGACCCAUAUGGUCGACCAUCCCAGGCCAAGCCUUUGUGUCUGCAGCCUUGGCUGAAACAGAGGUGGAGGAGAGCAGGGGAUCCUUCGUUGUGAAAGAUGGAGAUGUUCAUUUGGUUUGUAAUCACCAAACCAUUGAGGAAAUAAGAGUGAUCAAUCAUUCUUUAGAAGCUAAAGAUCAAGAUUCUCCAUCUGGGUAUCUGGGAUCUGAGCAGAAAAAAGAUUUGAACGGAACCCAGUCCCCUGUUUUGCUAAUAACUGGUUCGAUUUUCAGCACGAAGAAAAAGAAAAAGCAGUUCCAGAAAGCUGGCAAUUACGCCGACACAAAAUUUGAGAAGAAGGAACCUUCUACUUCUGCACGGUAUUGGGUUUUGUUCGAUCAGAAAAACAGCAAUCAGAUUGGUUUCCAAGUGAUGCUUGGGCAGCCAAGCUUCAAGCUGCGCCAUAAAGCCCCGCCAGAAGCUUCAGGAAGAUACCAGGGGUUUAGGCGGAGGGUGGGAAGGUUAAGAAAAAGGAGGCUUGGUUUCUGUUUGUACUUCUCAAGGCCACGGGCGUAUGUGACAGUUUCUUCUGCAGAGGAGGAAACAGAAGAGAUGAAAGUUGCAGAAUCUGCGCAAUUCAACAGGGUCUGCUUGACAUAUUCAAGUGAAGGAAAUGAGAGAUUCUAUGGUUUUGGGGAGCAGUUCUCACACAUGGAUUUCAAAGGCAAAAGGGUACCUAUUUUUGUUCAAGAACAAGGCAUUGGAAGAGGGGAUCAACCUAUUACUCUUGCGGCCAACUUGGUUAGCUACAGGGCUGGGGGUGAUUGGAGUACAACUUAUGCUCCUUCUCCAUUCUAUAUGACAUCGAAAUUGCGGUCUCUUUAUCUUGAAGGAUAUGAUUAUUCGGUAUUCGAUCUAACAAGACAUGAUAGAGUUCAGAUUCAGAUACACGGGACUUCAGUUCAAGGACGGAUAUUGCAUGGGAAUUCACCUACCGAGCUCAUUGAACACUUCACAGAAACCAUUGGGAGGCCCCCUGAGCUUCCUGAGUGGAUAAUAUCUGGUGCUGUGGUUGGAAUGCAAGGUGGCACGGAAACCGUACGCCAUAUUUGGGAGAAACUAAGGACUUAUGAUGUUCCCAUUUCAGCAUUUUGGUUGCAGGAUUGGGUGGGGCAGAGGGAGACAUUGAUUGGAUCACAACUGUGGUGGAAUUGGGAAGUGGAUACAGAAAGGUACAAGGGAUGGCAACAACUAGUUCAAGAUCUUAGUGCUCGGCAUAUCAAAGUGAUGACAUACUGCAAUCCUUGUCUAGCUCCAACUCAUGAGAAGCCAAACAGAAGGAGAAACCUCUUUGAGGAGGCAAAGGAGUUGGACAUCUUGGUGAAAGACAAGCAUGGACAACCAUACAUGGUUCCAAAUACAGCUUUUGAUGUUGGAAUGUUGGAUUUGACACACCCAAAUACUGCUAGUUGGUUCAAACAGAUUUUACAAGAAAUGGUGGAUGAUGGAGUCAGAGGAUGGAUGGCUGAUUUUGGUGAAGGCCUGCCCGUGGAUGCCACCCUCUAUUCAGGUGAAGAUCCUAUUUCUGCACAUAACAGGUACCCUGAGCUAUGGGCCCAGAUAAACCGAGAAUUCGUGGAAGAAUGGAAAAGUAACUGUGUGGGUAAAUUAAAAGAUGACCCAACAGAGGCCCUAGUCUUCUUCAUGAGAGCUGGUUUCAGAAAUAGUCCUAAAUGGGGGAUGCUAUUUUGGGAAGGAGACCAAAUGGUAAGUUGGCAGGCGAAUGAUGGGAUAAAGAGUUCUGUUACUGGCCUACUGAGCAGUGGACUUUCAGGGUAUGCUUUCAACCACAGUGAUAUUGGAGGCUACUGUGCAGUAAACUUACCUUUUUUCAAGUACAAAAGAAGUGAAGAGUUGCUUUUGCGUUGGAUGGAGCUAAAUGCUUUCACCACUGUCUUCCGGACCCACGAAGGGAACAAACCGUCCAUCAAUAGCCAAUUCUACUCAAACCACCAGACUUUAUCACAAUUUGCUCGCUUUGCUAAAGUGUACAGAGCAUGGAAGUUUUACAGAAUCCAACUUGUAAAGGAAGCUGCUCAAAAAGGCCUGCCAGUUUGCCGCCACCUAUUUCUCCACUACCCAGAAGAUGAAAAUGUUCAUAGCUUGAGUUACCAACAGUUUUUGGUUGGUAAUGAGAUCCUAGUGGUGCCUGUCCUAGACAAAGGCAAGAAGAAUGUUAAGGUCUAUUUUCCACUGGGAGAAGGUAGUGAUUGGAAACAUAUCUGGACUGGGAAACUAUUUAGAGAACAAGGUUGUGAAGCUUGGGUAGAAGCUCCAAUUGGUUAUCCUGCCGUAUUUGUAAAGGCCGGCUCUGUUGUCGGAGAAACCUUUGUAAAAAAUUUGAAAGAUUUUGACAUUCUUUAACAUCGAAGUCCUCAAGGAGGGGGACAUUGUAAUGAUUUUCAAUUUGUUCA